AUGGCAUCCCCCGCAAAGGACCGCAUAACCUGCCAUGUCCUCGACACCUCCAAAGGCCGCCCCGCAAAGGGCAUCCGCGUCUACCUCUCCACCACCACCGCCACCGCCUCGGGCCCGGGCACCCUCCGCGAAUUCGAGUCCCUCACCGACGACGACGGCCGCGUGCACACCUGGCUCCCCUUCUCCCCCGCCACCGCCUCGGGAGAGGUCCCCGUCUACACCCUCGAGGAUGUCCUCGGCGCCGCCCCGGGCCCCUCGUCGCGCUGGACCCUGCGCUUCGACACGGCCGCCUACUUUGGCGGCGACGACGAGACCUUCUUCCCCGAGGCCGUCGUCGUCUUCACCGUCCGCGAGGGCCAGCACUACCACGUGCCGCUGCUGCUGAGCCCCUACAGCUACACCACCUACCGGGGCAGCUAG